CAGUUCCGGUGUGUUUGGAUCAGUUUGGAUGUUUGGAAUAUUUUCGCGAAGCAUCUUAUAACCUCUAAGUAACAUUUCACUGUUUCAAAUGAUAACGUGACGUUAUUUAUCGGUUAAAUAGGGAAAAGACCAGUGAAAUUAUUUGGGAAACAUUAUUGCUGCGAGAAUUGGUGGGAAUGGUUGUGGGUAAAGUGAAAAAUCGAGGGAUUGAGAGAUGUUUUGGGCAAUGUUGAUGCACUAUUGGAGCACCUGUCCUGCUGUUACCACGUAAUGCACUCGAUUGUUUGGUAGUUCAGGACAUUGCGAGAUGAACAAGAGUAGCAUGAAUACCCCACAAUCGAAUAAGAAGAAGAGGAGCAGGAUGGGGGUGAAGAAUGAUACCACUGCAGCGGCUAAUCAGGAAGUACUUAGUCCGCAGGAAGCCACACGUUUUGUUCUGAUGAACCCCCUGGGCGACGAACUAGGGAAGACCUACAAAAUCGCCAUAAACAAUGGUAUUCCGAUAGCAUCAGUGGACGACCUCGACAUAGACGAGAAGAAGCUCCUGUCCCAGACCCUCGAAAAAGAGAAAGAAGACAAAGCCAUCUUGAGCACUCUACCGGUAGCAGUGGUGAAGGAGUUGGAGGGUUACGAGGACCAAAUUGGUGAGGCAGAGCCCCUCCCAAAUUCGUACGUAAGAUUUAUGGAGAGGAGUGGAGAGGAGCUCGAUGGGGAAGUUGAAUACGACCUGGACGAGGAGGAUUCUGCCUGGUUGGCAGUUGUCAAUGAACGAAGAAUCUCGUCGGGACUGCCUCCAAUGGAGCCAGAUACCUUCGAGCUUCUGAUGGAUAGGUUAGAGAAGGAGUCGUAUUUUCAGCAGCAGAGCAAUGGAGGUGGGGGUGUAGCUGCUGAUGAAGAUGCGGUUUGCUGCAUUUGCAUGGAUGGGGAGUGCCAGAACAGCAAUGCCAUAUUAUUCUGUGACAUGUGUAAUCUAGCUGUUCACCAGGACUGCUAUGGGGUACCUUAUAUUCCAGAGGGUCAGUGGCUCUGCAGGAGGUGCCUCCAGAGCCCCUCCAGAGCAGUAGACUGCGUUCUCUGUCCAAAUCGAGGUGGAGCAUUCAAGCAAACUGAUCGUCCAGCGACCUGGGCGCACGUCGUCUGCGCUCUCUGGAUACCAGAAGUUCGUUUUGCUAAUACUGUUUUCCUCGAGCCCAUCGACAGCAUCGAAAGCAUUCCUGCGGCCAGGUGGAGGCUCACCUGUUGUGUUUGCAAGAGGAGAAGUGCUGGUGCCUGCAUACAGUGUCACAAGAGCAAUUGUUAUGCUGCUUUUCAUGUGACUUGUGCACAGCAGGCGGGCUUGUGCAUGAGGAUGAGAACUGUUCAGCCGGCUAAUGGGGAGCCCAUGCUCGUGCAGAAGACUGCUUACUGCGAGGCACAUACACCACCCGAUUUUCAACCGUCUACCAAUCCUGCCGAGGCUAGGAGAAGGGCUAUUGCUAAUAAGAAGACGUCGUCAGCACCGGUUAUCUCUAUUCCCACUAUUCCCCCGGAGAGGAUUAGAGAAAUUGCUAGCCUCGCCGAAGGUCUCCCCAAGCGAAGUCAGUUGAUCCAGCGGCUGAUAGCCUACUGGACCCUCAAACGUCAGCACAGAAACGGCGUUCCCCUCCUCCGUCGUCUCCAGAGUUCCCACCCCCACGGUAGACCACCUCCGCUCGGAGGGCACUCGCCUGCUCCCGACGGUGAACUCCGGGGUGAGCUCUACCGUCAGCUGAAAUACUGGCAGUGCUUGCGUCAAGACCUGGAGCGAGCGAGAUUGCUGUGCGAACUCGUUCGUAAACGUGAGAAACUCAAGAAAGAGCUGUUCAAAGUGAAGGAAAAGUGUCUGUGGUUCGAGCUCAGGCCCCUGGAGAGCGUUCUCCAGACAUUGUUGGAGGCUAUCAAAGCCAAGGACACUAACGACGUCUUCGGACAGCCCGUCAACAUCAGCGAGGUGCCAGAUUACCUGGAGAUAGUCUCCCAGCCGAUGGACCUCUCGACAAUGGAGACGAAAAUUGAGAAGCAAGAGUACAACAGUCUCUCUGAUUUUCAGAGUGACUUCACCCUCAUGGUGAACAACUGUCUUGCCUACAACUGCAAAGACACGAUGUUCUACAGAGCUGGGCUCAAAAUGCGGGAGCAGGGGGGAGCCCUGAUCGAUCAGGUCCGCAAGGAUUACCCUGAACUCGACCCUCAUCCCCCGGUUGUCGAUCAGACAACGAAAUCGAGAAAACGAGAACGAGUGAGUAGAAGUCGAACGGAGUCAGAGAGUCAGAGUGGGGAGAAGGAAAUUGUUGGGGUAAAUCGAAGAACUGCGGUUUUAUUCACGAGGAAGGCCAAGGCCAGGGCCAGCAAGGGGGGACAGACACCUGUUAGUGAGGAGCUGAGGAAGCAGACGGACAGCUUCAGGGUUUACAGGAGUGGGAAUAUGGACAGUGAUAUUGGGGAGGGGGACAGCCAGUCUUCGAGCUGCAGCAGCUGCUCUACGAGUAGAUCGACGACACCUGAACCUGAGGAGGAAGAGGAGGAGGAAGAGGAAGAGGAGGAUCGGGAGCAGCAGGAGGAGGAGGAGGACGAUGAGGAGGAAGAGGAGGAGGAGGAGGACAGCGAGCCGCCGCCUUCCCCGAAGAAGAUUAAGGACAAUGAGAAGAGCAAAGUUAGGGGCGAGGGUCGUCUCGAAGCACUGACACUCGUCUGGGCCAAGUGUCGGGGCUAUCCGUGGUAUCCUGCCUUGAUUAUUGAUCCUAACACUCCGAGGGGAACUGUUCAUAAAGGGGUGCCCAUUCCAGCACCUCCUGAUGAUGUUCUGGCACUUGCGGUUAAUUAUAAGGAUCCUGUGCAUCUUGUUCUGUUUUUUGAUACCAAGAGAACAUGGCAGUGGUUACCUGGUGAAAAAUUAGAGAAACUAGGGGUUUCCCAAAAAGUCGACGAAGCUAAACUAAUCGAAUCUCGAAAGCCGGCUGAUCGUAAAGCUGUCAAGAAGGCGUACCAGGAGGCACUCCAUUACCGCAAACAAACACAUAAUACGGCAUUCAAUACAGUAUCAUCGUCCUAGUUAAUGGUAUUAAAAUAGAUAUCCUUUUUUAUUAGAAAACGCAAUUUGUUCAUAUCAAAAGACAUACGAAAAGAACAUAAACAUAAUUUUUGAUGAAUA